AUGGCUAUUACAAGAAAAACCUGUCUCGUCACAGGCUGCUCCGCCGGUGGAGUUGGCCCGGCUUUCGCAGAGGCCUUCCGAAACAAAGGCUACCACGUCUUUGUCACAGCUCGCACACCCUCCAAAGUACCAGAAAGUCUACGCGAAGCAGCUAACGUCACUAUGAUUGCUCUCGACGUGACAAACCUGGAAUCUAUCGCAUCAGCUGCGGAGGAAGUUCGAAAGCACACGGACAGGCUCGAUGUUUUGAUCAACAACGCUGGUCUUGGCUUAAACAUGCCGGGUCUAGACACUUCAAUCGAGGAAGCCAAGAAGUUAUUCGACCUCAACUUCUUUGGCGUUCUUGCCAUGAUGCAAGCAUUUGGCCCGAUGUUGGUCGCAGCUCGGGGUUGUGUGGUCAACAAUUCCUCUGUUGGAAGUGUUUUCCCCUUUGCAUUCUCAAGCAUCUAUAACGCUACCAAGGCAGCUCUCAAUCAAGCAAGCGAGACUUGGCGCCUUGAAAUGGCCCCUCUUGGAGUUCGCGUCAUCACACUCGUUACGGGUGGCAUUGCAACAAAGUUUUUUGUCAAUCUACAAACACUGACUUUUCCGGAAAACUCUUACUACAAUUGCGUCAAGGACAUUAUUGAGGACAAUCCAGAAGAGAAUCCCUAUGGAGUGAAGCCAGAGGUAUUUGCCCAGGACGUCUUAAACCGGGUUGAAAAGGGAGCCACUGGCAAGCAAUGGGUUGGAGGCGGCGCCAGUAUUGGCCGAUUCGCUUUAUGGCUGCUACCUCAAGGUGUUAUCGUGAGUAUCUCGUUGCAAUAUCGACUACUCAGCCUCAUUUGA